AUGGGCAAUCAAAAACUUGAAACCCAUCAUCAAUUUUACAACCACCAUCAAAAAAACACAUUCCUUCCAAUGCUUUGUUCAAAACCCUCCAUCAAAGAAGUGAAUCUUCCAAGAUGUAAUAGAAUCAAUCCACCGUCUUGUUCCAAUGACCCUUUAUCACCAAAAAUAGGUUGCAUGGGUCAAGUCAAAAGAAACAACAAAAUUGCUGGAUUUCCAUCUUCACAAUACAAACUACUCAGUUUCAGCAACAAAACCAUUUCUAGUUCCAUCAUUUCACCUGUUGUGAAAUACUCCAAACUCAAAAAACUUUUCUCAGGUAAGAAUCUUAUUAGCACCCCCUCAAUUACUUCUACCACCACCACCACCAUAACCAAACAAAGGGUUAUAGCUAAUAAUAAUAGUAGUAAUAUUGUAAAUGUUCCCAAAAAUAUUCAAAAGUGUGUCAGAAAUGAGAACAUUGUUGUUGGCAUAAGAAUUGAUGAAAUGGAUCCUCCUUUGCCUGUGAUCAAGAAAAUGAAUAAUUUGGAAGAAGGAAGCAAAAGUGAUAACAGUCUUUGGAAAAGAAGAUCAGGAUCAAGUGGUGUUCAAUUGACAAGUUUACAGGUUCAACAGAUUCAAGUUCAAAAUCCAAAGAUUUGUAUUCAACCUACAACUGUUUGA